AUGCACAGCAUCCUCUACCACGGGCUCAUCCACGACAAGGUGUGCUGCAGACAGAAGGAUUACUGGCAGUUUGUGAAGGACAUUCGCUGGCUGAGUCCUGGCUCUGCUCAUCACCUGGAGAAGCUGAGACCGCUCCUGGGGAACCGGCAGUACAUCAGGAAAUUCUACGCAGACACUGCCUUCCUGCUCAGUGACGCCCACGUCACGGCCAUGCUGCAGUGCCUGGAGGCUGUCGAGCAGAACAACCCCAGGCUUCUGGCUCAGAUCGACACCUCCAUGCUGGCCGGCACGUCACUGCCAUCCCUGUGCGCGUCAGGUCCUUCUGCUGGGACAAGAGAGAUGUGUGACCAUGAUGCUGAAGGACAGGAGAGCCGUCUGCCUGGAGCGCUGGGCUGCCUGGAUCGUUUCGCUGAGAGCCUGCUUACCAGGAAGAGUGACGGUCCACCUCCGGUGACCAAGAGUCAGAGCCUGACUGCCCUCCCCGCGUCCCCGAAUGUCCCUUCUGCAGGCUGCAUGCAGCAGCGCUGCUUUGGGUCCUUCUCCGGCCUCCACCAUCCAGCCUCGUCUGGCCUCUCAGAUGGGAGACCAGCGAGCUCCUCCAUCAGCUCCAGCACCAGCCAGCCCCAGGAGCGCUGCCCGUCCACCCGGUCCUCCUCCUUCAGCGAGGGCAGGUCCCCUCUGGAGCAGCCCGGUUCUGUCACCAGCUUCCAUGUCCCCUCACCCAAAGACCCCUUCUCUCCGGCCAGCGAGAUGAGCUCCAGCACCACCAGCCAGAGCGAAGACACUUGGACGGGGAGUCAGGAUGAUCCGCAGAGCGAUGUUAACGAUGGACCGGAGUACCUGGCCAUCGGGAACUUGGGGCGCCGGGGCCGGGCAUGCAGCAGUGCCAGCACCAACAGCACCAAGAGCAGUAGCUCCAAACUAUUCUCCUCCAGCAGCUCCCAGAAGCUGGACUCAGUGUCAUCCCUGGGGGAGCAGGGGGCAAGCGGAGGUGGAAGCAGGGGCCUGAGCCUGUUGCGCCGGUCCAGCUUCUCGGAGGGACAGUCAUCAGCUCCGCAGGGCAUCCUCAAGAAGAGCCACGUCCGCUCGCACUCCGACACCAACAUGGCUUCGGGGAAGUUGCACGGAGGCCUCAGGGAUAUCACCAUUAUAAUAGAAGAUCCAGUGGCAGAGUCCCACGGUGAUGCAGGCAGAGGGAGAGGGCUGGUCUCCGCUUCCACCCAGAGCAGUGAACUGAGCACACCCAGCUCCCUCUACAUGGAGUACGACUCUGGACAGUACCUGAGCUCGGGGGAAGGGAUGUUCAGAAGACCCUCGGAAGGGCAGUCCCUCAUCAGCUACCUCUCUGAGCAGGACUUUGGCAGCUGUGCAGACCUGGAGAAGGAGAAUGCCCACUUCAGCAUCUCAGAGUCCCUGAUCGCUGCCAUUGAGCUGAUGAAAUGCAACAUGAUGAGCCGGCAGCUGGAGGAGGAGGAGGAAGACAGCGACAAGGAGAUCCAGGAGCUUAAACAAAAGAUUCGCAUUCGGCGCCAGCAGAUCCGCACCAGGCACCUCUUCCCUACCUGCCAGGAGAUGGGCUCAGACAGUCUUGUGGCGACAGACAGUGGGUCCCAGUUCAGCUCCCACGGCUCCAUGCGGCUCUCUGACUCUGGCUCCGCAGAGGAUGUGGAAGAGUACGAGAUCCGAGAUGCAGACAUCAAGAGGAACCCAGACUCCAGCAGGAAAUCCUUUCUCUCCUCAGAGUCCAUAUCCUACUCCUUCCUUAAUUCCAACUCGGCGGAGGCCGUGGCCAUGGGCUUGCUGAAGCAGUUUGAGGGCAUGCAGCUCCCGGCUGCCUCUGAAUUGGAGUGGCUGGUCCCUGAGCACGACGCCCCACAGAAGCUCCUGCCCAUCCCUGACUCUCUGCCCAUCUCUCCCGAUGACGGAGAACAUGCCGACAUCUACAAGCUGAGGAUUCGGGUGCGCGGAAAUCUGGAGUGGGCCCCACCGCGACCACAGAUCAUCUUCAAUGUUCACCCAGCCCCAACGAGGAAGGUAGCCGUGGCCAAGCAGAAUUACCGGUGUGCAGGCUGUGGCAUCCGGACUGAUCCUGAUUACAUCAAGCGGCUGCGGUACUGUGAGUACCUGGGGAAGUAUUUUUGCCAGUGCUGCCACGAGAACGCCCAGACGGUCAUCCCCAGCCGCAUCCUGCGCAAGUGGGACUUCAGCAAGUACUACGUGAGCAACUUCUCCAAAGACCUGCUGAGCAAGAUCUGGAGUGACCCGCUCUUCAACGUGCAGGAUAUCAAUCCUGCCCUGUACCGGAAAGUGAAGUCUCUCAACCAAGUGUGGCUGCUGCGAAUCCAGCUUUUCCACAUGAAGAACAUGUUUAAGACGUGCCGGCUAGCUAAAGACCUCCUAGACUCCUUCGAUGCGGUGCCUGGCCACUUGACGGAGGAUUUGCACCUUUAUUCGCUGAGCGACCUCAGCGCCACGAAGAAAGGGGACCUGGUGCCUCGCCUGACGGAGCUCCUGAAGGCAGGCAGCCUGCACGUUGAGAAGUGCAUGCUGUGCCAAGCCAAAGGCUUCAUCUGCGAGUUCUGCCAGAAUGAGGGCGACAUCAUCUUCCCCUUUGAGCUCAACAAGUGCAGGACAUGUGAAGAGUGCAAAGCCUGCUACCACAAAUGCUGCUUCAAAUCCACUCACUGUCCCCGCUGCGAGCGGCUUCAAGCCCGGAGAGAGCUGCUGGCCAAGCAGAGCAUGGAGUCCUACAUCUCGGACUACGAAGACGAGCUGGAGCAGCCAGAGGCGGUGACAGCCACAUGA